AGGGUGGGGGAUGGGCUGAGAUGCGAUCAGCGCCCCCUUUCAUCCGAGCUCCUGCGCGGGCCCGGACCCGGAUCAGGGGCGGGUCCCGGCCGGGUGCCCUGCCCAGCGGGCGGGCUCAAGCCUUUGCCCCAAACCACCGCUGCGGGGCCAAUCCGGCCUCUGGGGCUCACCCGGGCGGCCUUUCCGGGCCCGCGGCUUCCUCCAGCCCGCCCCGCCCCUCGGACUCCCGGGGGCCGCCCCCGACCCCCAUUCGGGCUCGGCCUCGCGGCGGCGGCGGCAACAGCGGCAGCGACUCGGCAGCGCUCCGCCGCGUCCCCGAGUCCCGGGAGUCGGCGCGGCGCGGCAGGGGCAGCCUUCCACCACGGAAAGCCCAGCUGUCAGCUGCCUCACGGGAAGAUGUGUCAACUGGGCAGCAGGCGUGUGCAUGUGGCCACCAUCCUGGGACUGCUGUGGUUCUGCCUCACAGAUGCCGCUGUGGAGGUCCGGGUCCCCGAAGACCCCGUGGUGGCCCUCGUGGGCACCGACGCCACCCUGCGCUGCUCCUUCUCUCCUGGGCCCGGCUUCAGCCUGGCACAGCUCAACCUCAUCUGGCAGCUGACAGACACCAAACAGCUGGUGCACAGCUUCGCUGAGGGCCGUGACCAGGGCAGCGCCUAUGCCAACCGCACCACACUUUUCCCAGACCUGCUGGCUCAGGGCAACGCGUCCCUGAGGCUGCAGCGCGUGCGCGUGGCUGAUGAGGGCAGCUUCACCUGCCUGGUGAGCAUCCGGGACUUGGACAGCAGCAGUGCCGCAGUCAGCCUGCAGGUGGCAGCCCCCUACUCAAAGCCCAGCAUGACCCUGGAGCCCAACAAGGACCUGCGGCCAGGGGACACAGUGACCAUCACCUGUUCCAGCUACCGGGGCUACCCUGAGGCUGAGGUGUUCUGGCAGGAUGGGCAGGGUGCGCCCUUGACCGGCAACGUGACCACGUCGCAGAUGGCCAACGAGCAGGGCUUGUUCGAUGUGCGCAGCGUCCUGAGGGUGGUGCUGGGCGCUAAUGGCACCUACAGCUGCCUGGUGCGCAACCUCAUGCUGCAGCAGAACGCUCACAGCUCCAUUACCAUCACGCCGCAUAGAAGCCCUACAGGUGCGGUGGAAGUCCAGGUUCCCGAAGACCCCGUGGUGGCCCUCGUUGGCACCGACGCCACCCUGCGCUGCUCCUUCUCUCCCGAGCCCGGCUUCAGUCUGGCACAGCUCAACCUCAUCUGGCAGCUGACAGACACCAAACAGCUGGUGCACAGCUUCGCCGAGGGCCGUGACCAGGGCAGCGCCUAUGCCAACCGCACCACACUCUUCCCAGACCUGCUGGCUCAGGGCAACGCGUCCCUGAGGCUGCAGCGCGUGCGCGUGGCUGAUGAGGGCAGCUUCACCUGCUUUGUGAGCAUCCGGGACUUUGGCAGCGCCGCGGUCAGCCUGCAGGUGGCAGCCCCCUACUCAAAGCCCAGCAUGACCCUGGAGCCCAACAAGGACCUGCGGCCAGGGGACACAGUGACCAUCACCUGUUCCAGCUACCGGGGCUACCCUGAGGCUGAGGUGUUCUGGCAGGAUGGGCAGGGUGCGCCCUUGACCGGCAACGUGACCACGUCGCAGAUGGCCAACGAGCAGGGCUUGUUCGAUGUGCGCAGCGUCCUGAGGGUGGUGCUGGGCGCUAAUGGCACCUACAGCUGCCUGGUGCGCAACCCCGUGCUGCAGCAGGACGCUCACGGCUCCGUCACUAUCACAGGGCAGCCCAUGACAUUCCCCCCCGAGGCCCUGUGGGUGACUGUGGGGCUCUCCAUCUGUCUUGUCGCACUGCUGGUGGCCCUGGCCUUCGUGUGCUGGAGGAAGAUCAAACAGAGCUGUGAGGAGGAGAAUGCAGGAGCUGAGGACCAGGACGGGGAUGGAGAAGGAUCUAAGACUGCCCUGCGGCCUCUGAAACACUCAGAAAGCAAAGAAGAGGAUGGACCAGAAAUAGCCUGACCAUGCGGACCAGGUUGCUGCUGCCCCUGCCCUGGGGCUCCCACCCCUGGCUGCACUGGAACCUCCAUGUGAGCUCUGGGCUGGGGGCUUCCUUGCCCCCACCAGAUGGCUCCCCCUCUGGUGGGUCUACUCAUUCUGCAAAGGACACGAUACACAGACCACCCCGCAGCCUUAUCUCUCUGAUGGACGGGAUUCUCAAGUCAUCCUGCUGCCUUAUUUCUCCCGUGACACGAUACAGAAAUCAUCCUGCUGCCUUAUUUCUUAGGGACACGAUACACAGACCUCCCCACCACCUUAUUUCUUCAAUGGAUGCGCUAUACGGAUCGUCUGGCUACUUUCUUUCUCCAAGGAUGUAAUGCGCAGUCACCCUUUGCCUUGUUUCUGCCAUGGCCCAGAACCACCAGUUAUCACCUCUCAGCCUUUUCUCCCACCUGCCCCUGAUCCCACCUCUUCAGACAGGGCCACUGCAGCCUUAGCAUUUCCUCGAAUCUCGCGGCAUCUCCUCCUUCUCUGGCCCCCGUGUUAGCCUUUUCUCUCCCCCCCCCUCCCCCCUGGCAGACAGAGACACGCAGGUGUACGUGCUGGAACACGUGAGGACCUCUCCUGGCCCCGGCUCUUCUGUGACGCCCUGGGCUGUGCCCUGUGCGCCCCGCCUUCUGCCCGCCCUCCCCACCGGAAGCUCGUGCUGGUCACACUGGGUCUCUGGGCAGCCGCGUGGGCCCCCUUGGGGUCAACUUCUGUCCCUCUGCUUUUCCUGCCGUUCAUUUACUCAUUCAAGUAACAGCCACGGAACACGGACGGCUGUCAUCCCUGGGUUAGGUGGUGGGGACCCUGCAUGAGAAGACAAGCCCCGCCCUUAAGGAGCGCACCUCUCAGCUGGGAAAGAGGUUCAGGAGGGGGAAGAGGUUCAGGAGGGGGCUCCUGCCUCACUCCCUGCUGUCCCCCUCUUCUGUGCCCAGACUUCCCUAGACACCUCACCCCUGUCCCAUCCCUAACCUUUACCCAAGCAAAGGGUUGGGGCAGAAACCUGGAGAGACAGAGGUUCUCGCCCCAACGGGAGAAUCUGAUGAUUUCCAAACGUGUCUUUCUAGGCAGGAGCAGGUGGGCAGGCAGCCAAGGCCCAGCAGACUCCGGGGAACUGAGAGCCACAGCCCAGGGGAAGCCUGGGGCCGCUCCUCAUUGGCUGGAGCCUGGGGGCAGGGACAGCCCUCCCCCCUCCCCAUGGUGCUAUGCUGGGGUUGGGCAGACACUUCCUGGCUUGUCUCUGGUGGGUCCCCAGCCUUCGGUGGAGAACACUGAUGAUCGAUCCCGCUGACAUCCCUCCCUUCGCCACGAGUGGAAGACGUGGGAUUUCUUAUUUAAAUGUGGGACUCUGAGGAAUUUUGUUAACUGGGGGUGUAUUUUGGGAAAAAUAAAUGCCUUUGUAGAAA